AUGACAUCUCCAAAAUGUAUCUUCUACCUGACAUGUUUGUUCUUGGGGAAAAUGGUUCAGACGGCCGACCUGGAUUCCUCCUCAUCUGUUCAUCAAGGGAAUAGUUUUCUAUCAGUUCAAACUGGGGAAAACUUGACGUUGAAAUGUUUUUAUGAAACCAGUACAAUAGCAAAGCUUCACUGGUUUAAACACACUCUCGGACAGGAACCAAGGCUCAUUUCAACCUACUUCAGGUUCACAAAAGCAACUUUUUAUGCUGAAUUCCAAAAUUCACGCUUCACAUUGAAUAAUGAAACGGAUUGGAAUCACUUGACGAUAACAGAUCUGCACAUUAAUGACUCAGCUACUUACUACUGUGUGAGCAGCAAUACACACACAUUUGAUUUCUUGACGACAACUACUGUCAGUGUACAGGGUUCUAGUACAAACAUCCUAACUUUAGUUCAUCAGUCACCAUCAGAGACCAUCCAGCCAGGAGGCUCUGUGACUCUGAACUGUACAGUACAAACUGGGACCUGUGAUGGACAACACAGUGUUUACUGGUUCAAAGACUCUGAAGAAUCUCAUCCAGCACUCAUUUACACUGAUGGAGGCAGCACUGAUCAGUGUGAGAGGAAACCCAACACACAAACACACACCUGUGACUACAACCUGCCGAUGGAGAGCCUGAAUCCGUCUCAUGCUGGGACCUACUACUGUGCUGUUGCCUCGUGUGGACACAUUCUGUUUGGAAACAGGACCAAGCUGGACUUUGAAGAUGAGGACUCUCGUAUCUUGGUGUAUUUCUUGAGUGGAGCUCUAGCAUUUACCACCAUCGUUACUGUAUUUCUGGUUUUCUUACUUUGCACGAUGAACAAGAGAAACCGCUGUGAAGUCACAGAGUCUCAUGCAAGAUGUUCAGCUCCCUCCACACUAAAUGCAGAGGUAAGGUAACUGUUGUUUUAUCAUUCAAACCUUAUUCAGGACACAGUUAUAUUGUCUAAAAUGUACAAUAUUGUGGUUUAUCAUUUUUUGUUAGGAUGAACAAAACAAAUCAAACGUCCAACAUGCGCCAGUAAGAGACGAGAUCAGCAGAUCUAGCAGACAAAGGAACAACCGUGAGAUUGAAUGCACAUACUCGACUGUAAAGCCAUAGGAGUGUUUGUACUUCAAAGGGGUACCAAGCAGACACUGAGGCCUCUCGGCACAGUCUGUCCCGUCUUUCUCACUGAAAAAGGUAAAUCUCCAUCAAACUGAUAGUAGAUGAUAGUAGUUGUGGGAAAAUUAGGGGUGCAAACUCUUCAACUUUUUGGUUAUCUGCCGUUUUUGAGGGGGGGAGCCCUCCAAGUAAUAUAUA